GUACGUAAUAUUCGAGUCUCCGUAGUUUCUGGUUCGUGUCGCGGUUGCGCUCUUAAUUCCAGCGGGAAAUUCAAAUUGCAAAUUGAAUGCAAGCCUAAGAGCCAUUAAACACUUCGAGUGAUUUGCUUCCCUUGCCCCCUAUCGCUGGGAACCCGUUUUUCUCCACGAGCGUCGCGUCUCGCAGGUGUGUGGCAGCGCGCGCGUCUCAGCGUGUUUUCAAGAGGCACGAAGCAGCGCCAAUACCAAUAACAAGUUCAAACUUGGCUAUAUUAUCACAGUUAACAAGUGGGACCGCUCCGGCAUCAGCAUCUGAAUCUGAAUCUGUGUGUGUGUGUUUCGCGCGCGCUUGUAUUUGUGCUAUUUGGAAAACGCGUUUGCGGUUUUCAUCGCCUCAAACCAAAACAAAAAAAACCAAAUAAAAUGGAAAGUGUCCGUGCCAAUCGCCUCCCAAUACUGCUGAUCUGAACGCACAACAACAAAAGAAGCUUCUUGCCAUUGCGAUGCGAUGCCUGCGAAUGGAUGCUCAAUGACAAAUGAAUUAAGGCCCCAAAGCGAAGAGGCGCUCAGAGUUUAGCAAGAGUUUAGUUCCCGCAACACACAGAGAACAGAGCAGAACAGAACAGAACGAGCAUUGAAUAGCCCCAAGCGAAUAUCAGCGAUCGAAUGCAAUGGCGAAGCAAACCGUUUGUGGUUAGCUGUAGAAUAUAGAAAAACGAUUUGGACCAGCGUAGAGGAGGGGACAGCAGAUAGAAGUGCAGAUUAAAAUGCCCAUAAUAACAGCCACAACCACGACGAUAGCUGGCGGUGGGGGAGCAGGCGUGGCAGCCAGAGGCGUACCAAUGGCCAAGACAGCAGCAGCGUCGUCAUCGUCUGCCGCUGAUUACCUAAUGCUCCAACAACAACAGCAACAUCAGCAGCAACAGCAGCAGAAACAACAGCAGCAACAGCAACAGCAACAGCACUUUAACAAUCACUUCUAUCAACAGCCGCAUCAACAGCAACAGCAACAGCUGGCGCCUCUGAAUGCUUCCCACCAACUCUCGCACUCACAUCCACAUCCACAUCCACAUCCUGCUGCUGCCAGUGACAGUGCCAGUGCCGGUGCCGGUGCUGGUGCUCCGGUCUCAACUAGUUUUGCAGCAUUUAACGGAAACUCGAAUCUGAGUUCUAGCCUGGCCAACGGAAGUGGCAAGAAAUUCAUUUGCAACAACAGCGACAGCGUCGAUGAUAAUUGUGAGGCCGCUGCAACAGGCUCAGACGUGGCUGGUAACGGCAAUGCGGAUAAGUCCGCAAUGGCGCCACCCGGCAGCGUCCACCACCUUCUGCCCCCGCCGCCGCCGCCGGCUGUGAAGAAAUCAUCCGCCCUUGCAACAGGCACAACGGCAGCCGCAGCCACAGCCACAGCCACAGCUGGGAACUCUGCCUCUCGCGAAGAUGCUGCCUCGCUGAACAGCCAGAUGUCGACGGUGCACAAUCAGUUCAUCGCUGGACUGCCUGGAAAUGGGAUAACCAAUAAUGGAAUCAACGGAGGCCCAGCAGCCAUAGGUCGACCGCCAGGCCACCCGAGCAGCAUUCUGAAAGGCAGCAAAGAGAAUCUCCUGCAGAACACGUACUACAACGGCGAGGCUGGUGACAGCAGUUUGGGCAGCGAGUGCGGUGGCGGAGAUGGUAAUCACGAGGAUCCUGGCGACGGCCUGGGACCACUGCCUCCUAAAUGGGAGACGGCAUACACCGAACGUGGCGAACUGUACUUCAUCGACCACAACACUGGAACCUCCCACUGGCUGGAUCCUCGCCUGUCCAAGUACCAGAAGAAGUCUCUGGAGGAUUGCUGCGAGGACGAGCUGCCUUAUGGCUGGGAAAAGAUCGAGGACUCCAUGUACGGCAUGUACUUUAUCGAUCAUGUGAAUCGCAGGACGCAGUACGAGAACCCUGUUCUGGAAGCCAAGAGGAGGGCUGCAGAGCAACGUCAGCAGCAGCAACAGCAACAACAACAACAGCAACAUCAGCAGCAGCAGCAGCUUCAGCUCCAGCAGCAACAACAACAAAACCAGCAGCAGCAGCAUCAGCAGCAGGAGCAGCGUUCCAAGACUCCAACGGCGGUGGAUGCAGAGGUUGAGGAUGAAGCGCCAGUGAAACUGCUCUACAAGUUCACCCGCAAUCCCGCAGAGUUGCAGGGCCAGCGCAUCAACACCACCUUGCUAAAGUCCACCCGUGGCCUCGGUUUCACCAUCGUUGGGAGCGAUGGCAGUGCUGGCGGGGAUGUGGAGGAGUUUCUGCAAAUCAAGACCGUUGUGCCGAAUGGUCCCGCCUGGUUGGAUGGCCAGCUGCAGACGGGCGACGUCCUGGUCUAUGUGAACGACACCUGCGUCCUGGGUUACACGCAUCACGAUAUGGUCAACAUAUUCCAGUCGAUACUGCCCGGAGAGAGGGCUGCCCUGGAGGUUUGUCGCGGCUAUCCGCUGCCCUUCGAUCCCAACGAUCCCAACACGGAGGUGGUGACCACCAUGGCCGUGGCCGUUGCUGUGGAUGGACGUGACUCCGACAAGCAGCGGCGUCUCAACAUGGAUGGCAACUACAACUUUCUGGAUCUGUCCGGCGAGGGGGCCGGCAAGGCAAGUGGCAGUGGCAGUGGCUUCAUUCUGAUGAAGAAGCCGGAACUGUACACCUUCUCCAUCAUGAAGGGAGCCAUGGGCUUCGGAUUCACCAUUGCCGACUCCGCCUGCGGCCAGAUCGUGAAGAAGAUUCUCGAUCGCAGCUGCUGCACCCAACUAAUGGAAGGCGAUGUGCUGCUGGAGAUCAAUGGAAUCAACGUUCGGAACAAGCCACACUUCUAUGUGGUCGAGCUACUCAAGGAGUGCAGCCAGACGACACCCACAGCAGUGAAGAUCCAACGCACGCCCCCCGACCAGCCUGCCAACCCGCUCAGUCAGUUGAAUCAGCUCAAUCAGGUGGGGAACGUGGCCAAGUUGCGCAAGAACUUUGUGGGCAGCGGGCUCUUCCGCAGCAAGACCCCCACGGCAGACCUGUACAGCACCCAAGUCAAGGAAGUGCUGCCCAUGCGGCCGAAGACUCCACUGGUGGACACACGACGUGCCAGGGUCCAGACGCCCAGCAAUGAAGUGGACGGCGGUGACGCACCGUCGGACGAGACGGAGGCGAGAAAGCCCCUUCAGAUGCACUCUCAGGGCAAGUCGAACAGCAGUCUGCAGGAGCUGGACGACAUACCUUUCAUGGAUCCCUAUCCCAAGAUGGUCAGUCGGCUGAGCGAACGUCUGGCCGAGGCUUCACUUCAGGCGGAUAGUGGAGGCGGCAUCUAUGGGCUGCCUCCCAGCAUGCAGCCAUUGCCGCUGCCGCUGACGCACCACGAGUCCUGCUACUGCUACGACUGCCAGGCCCAGCGCUACCGUCCGGGCUACUUUGUGCAGCCGCAGCACUCAACGAUCUCGGGAGGAAGCGGCCAGUACUCGCCCCUGCAGGCGGCCCACAUUCAGAACGAGCGGAUACAGCGGCGUGUCAACGAGCUGCUUAGCGAUCGGAGGCGCGUGGGCUUUGCCAACCUCGAUCCUCCCCAGCAGCAGAUGCAGCACUCGCCCAGCUGGCGCAACGGAGCCCUACUCGAUGCCUCCGAGGACGCGGACCAGUGCGAGCUGACCGAGGUGACACUGGAGCGUCAGGCUCUGGGCUUUGGCUUCCGCAUUGUCGGUGGCACCGAGGAGGGCUCUCAGGUGACCGUCGGCCACAUUGUGCCGGGCGGGGCCGCAGAUCAGGAUCAGCGCAUAGCCACCGGCGAUGAGAUACUCAGCAUCGAUGGCAUCAAUGUGCUAAAAUCUUCGCAUCACAAAGUCGUCUCAUUGGUGGGUGAAUCUGGUCUGCGUGGCCAGGUCACGAUGAUCCUGCGCCGACGACGGGGUCCACUUCUGCAGCAGGCUCCUCCGCUGGUAUCGCAGAUGCGACGGUAUCCCUACGAUGUUAUUGUCAGCCGACAUGAGAACGAGGGCUUUGGCUUCGUCAUAAUAUCCUCAUCGAAUCAUUAUUACGGCUCGACCAUAGGAAAACUGAUUCCCGGCAGUCCAGCGGAUCGUUGUGGGGAGCUCAAGGUGGGCGACCGCAUUAUAGCCGUGAAUCGGAUCGAAAUAGCAGGCAUGUCACACGGCGACGUUGUGAAUCUCAUCAAGGAGUCUGGUCUGCAUGUGCGUCUCACCAUCGGCUGUCCCCUGAAGCAAGGCGGCCCCAGUCCCGGUGGAAGCAGUGCUGGUCUGGGCAGCAAUACACCGCUCCAAGCAUCUCCCAGUCUGCUUAAAGCGCCAUCACUGCCAUCACAUCAGCAACAGCAGCAGCUACCACAGCAAAAUCAGCAAGCCAUCCAGCAGCAACAUCAGCAGCUGCAGCAUCAGCUCCACCACCAACAGCAACUGGAGAUGCCCAUGUCAAUGCCCAUGCCCGGACAAGGGGGCUACGUGGAGCGACCCAGCAACAAUAUUGCGGCCACUCUGGCCCUGCACCAACAGCAGCCACAAUUAUGACUCUGAGAUCUACGAAUCCGGCUCUACAAGAGCUUUCUCUAGUGUUAGUUCUCGUGCUCGUAUGGAUCGGAAGGAGACUUGUUUGUAAUUAGUACUUCAUUAGGUAAACCCAAAGACUGAAUUUAGUAAGCCUCUGUAAAUCUAUCACUUUACGAAUCUCGAGACGUUUCGUGAAUGCAUCUUCUAUACCAGUUUUUAUUCGAAAUACCAUUCAGUGGCGUAGGCUUAGACUAUAUCCAGACAUAGGCAUAUCAGAUUGUGAGAUAUUUACUGCAUUUUAAACUCGUAUUCGAAAAUUAGAUUGUAAAUGUACAAAUGUAAAGGACUUCAAUAUUUUAUUCACAAGUAUUUUAUAAAUCCAAUUUAGACUUAUUUAAACGGUAUUUGUUGGUAUUUAAUUUACUGUAUAUGUACGAAUAUAUAUAAUAUGCUUAAAAGAAUUCUUCAUUUGUUUUUCAAAGAUCAGACGCAAUGGAAUGUGAUUCAUCGGCAGCUAUUGCUCCUUGUUUGAAUAAAAGAUGUGUACAUAUGUGCUUCGCAAAUUGCUGAUGAUACAUUUUGGAAAUAAGAAAGAAAUAGUGAAAGACGCUCGUUUAUUCAACGCAUUUUAACAAAAUUCAAGAGAUAUGUCCACAAAAUAUAUCAAAUAUUCAAAUAUUUAUUGAAAAUUAAAUGGGGAUAUAACCCGUGGGUUGUUGAUGAAGCGAAAACUAAAGAUAUCUCCAGUCCUGCAACUCUUCUCCACGCUCUUGGCUUAUCCACUUGUGGUAUGCGGGAUCCUUGGCCAGUUCCCGAUCGAUGGCAUCAACUGUAGCCUGGGCCCGACGUUCAUAGGCACGCUCUCUGCGAGCGGCAGCACGCGAUACCGAUUUGGCGGCACCGUUUUGCUGGACGGCUGGGUAAUGGCUGGCAGACCCGCCUGCUCCGUCAAGACACUUGGCGUCUCCAGGACCCGUGUAGAAUUCGCGUUUGGUGACCGUGACUUGAUACUUCGUCUCCUGACAAAGCGCUCCGCGCGAAUAAGAGUUUUGACCCCUAUUUUGUUGCUGGGCAGGGGCAUAAUCUCCAGAUUCGCCUUGAUAGUCAUUGUUGGGAUAUGACUUGUAUUCGCACUGGUAUUGAUAUUUGGUGUUCCAUGGAUUUCUGCGACUCAUCUUGAAUUCUGCGCAGGGAGGACAGGACAGUGAUGAGGAUUUCACCAUAUGUAUAAAUCUGUAAUCAAUUAACCAACCAAAGCUCUUUUUACACGACUGUUCACUUCCAGCUUCCUCA